GAGAAAAGAGUGUGCUCGUAUGCAUAUGUAGUCAGCUGAAGUAACGGCAGAAACUUAAACGGAUCAUUCUUGUUUCGGAUAAAUCUUCUUAACAACUAAUUUUUAUUCUUGAUUUAAUUUUGGAACCAUGAAGGUACUACUUUUACUUUUAAUAUCAGCAAUAUUUGCUGUAGCACAAGCUGUUUCUUUUUUCGAAUUGGUCAAUCAAGAAUGGACAACCUUUAAGAUGGAACAUAAGAAAGCUUAUCAAUCUGAUGUUGAAGAAAGAUUCAGAAUGAAGAUAUAUAUGGAUAACAAACAUAAAAUUGCUAAACAUAAUAGUAAUUAUGAACUUAAGAAAGUUUCAUAUAAGUUAAAGAUGAACAAGUAUGGAGACAUGCUUCAUCAUGAAUUUGUGAAUACAUUAAAUGGUUUCAAUAAAUCUAUAAAUACACGAUUAAGAUUUCAAAGACAACCCAUAGGUGCCACAUUUAUUGAACCUGCAAAUGUAGAAUUACCAAAGUCAGUAGAUUGGAGAGAAAAAGGUGCUGUAACUCCAGUUAAAGAUCAAGGACAAUGCGGAUCAUGUUGGUCUUUCUCUGCAACUGGAGCUUUAGAAGGACAACAUUUUCGAAAAACAGGAGUUUUAGUUUCUUUAAGUGAGCAAAAUUUAAUUGAUUGUUCUGGACAGUAUGGUAACAAUGGUUGUAAUGGAGGAAUGAUGGAUGGAGCUUUUCAAUAUAUAAAGAAUAAUGCAGGUCUAGAUACUGAAGCUACUUAUCCGUAUGAAGCUAAAAAUGACCAAUGCAGAUAUAAUGCAAGAAAUAGUGGGGCCGCAGAUGUUGGUUAUGUGGACAUUCCAGAAGGAAAUGAAAAGAAGCUCAAAGCAGCAGUUGCCACCAUAGGACCAGUCUCUGUUGCUAUUGAUGCAUCUCAUCAGUCUUUUCAGUUUUAUUCUGAAGGAGUCUAUUACGAGUCUGAAUGCUCUUCUGAAAAUUUGGAUCACGGAGUAUUAGUGGUAGGAUACGGAACUGAUGAAAACGGUCAAGACUAUUGGUUGGUAAAGAAUAGUUGGGGUGAAUCGUGGGGUGACAAUGGAUACAUCAAAAUGGCAAGGAAUAAAUUGAACCAUUGCGGUAUUGCUUCCAAUGCUAGCUAUCCUCUUGUUGGAUCUCGAGGAUAAUUUAUUAAGCAUUUUA